AAAAGUAAAAUAAUUUGACAUUGACGUAAGAUAUAAGAUAUUGUUGUUGUUUGCAAAGAAACAGAAGAGAAAUUUAUAAACGAAAGCAUUUCCCCUUUAGAUCAAUAUUUAAAACUCAAGUAUGAAUAUACCAUUUCCAGCAUUAUUUCCACGGAUGGUAGACCCCAAGUGGUUUAAUGCCGAUAAUCCUUGCGAUGAGGAUUCAGAAUUGCUUGCUCUCGAAGAAGCUAGCCAUCAUUGGCUAACAACUAUUGGUCAGCAAUUUUCUAAAAGGGCGCCACUUGGUAAAACUGAUCAAGAGCAAAUGGAAGAGGAAGCCGAUUCUGAUGAAGAAGAAGGAAAUGAUGAAUCAGAUGAGUCGGAAGAAUCUCAUGAUGAAGAUGAAGAGUUAAGAACUUCAUAUUCCUCAGCUCGCAACAACAAUGAUUUAGAACAAGAUUCCCUUGAUGACCUGCGUGAGCCGCCAGACCAUAAUUCCUCGGACCAGAGUACAUUGUGGCCUUUGCCUAUGUAGAAUUUUAAAAAUAACAAAUUAUUAUUUAGUAUUAAAAAUACUUACUAAAAACAGAGAUAAUUAAGAGAAUUUCAAGUUAACAUUUUUAUUUCACAAAAUAAAUAAAAGAAAUUUUAAAUAAACAGCUACAAAUCUUACAAAAACCUUAUAAAUGUAUCAUGCCAUAAUUAUACAACUCCAAUAUAAUUAGAGUAGUUAUAGAAUCCUAGUUCAUUCAAAUGAAUAAAUUAAAUUUUUAAUU